GCGCUGCGCAGCCGCGGGGCGGCCGUCGCGCAUGCGGGGCUCACACGGCUGCAGCCGGCGCUGCUGCCACUCCCGGGAGCAUGAAGGACCGAACCCAGGAGCUCCGCACGGCCAAGGACAGCGAUGAUGAUGAUGAUGUCGCUGUCACCGUGGACCGAGACCGCUUCAUGGAUGAGUUCUUUGAGCAGGUGGAGGAGAUUCGAGGCUUCAUUGACAAGAUCGCAGAGAACGUGGAGGAGGUGAAGCGGAAGCACAGUGCCAUCCUGGCAUCCCCCAACCCCGAUGAGAAGACGAAGGAGGAGCUGGAAGAACUCAUGUCCGACAUAAAGAAGACAGCAAACAAAGUUCGUUCCAAGUUAAAGAGCAUCGAGCAGUCCAUCGAGCAAGAGGAAGGCCUGAACCGCUCCUCCGCUGACCUGAGGAUCCGGAAGACACAGCACUCCACGCUGUCCAGAAAGUUUGUGGAGGUCAUGUCGGAGUACAACGCCACGCAGUCCGACUACCGCGAGCGCUGCAAAGGCCGCAUCCAGAGGCAGCUGGAGAUCACCGGCAGGACCACGACCAGUGAGGAGCUGGAGGACAUGCUGGAGAGUGGGAACCCCGCCAUCUUUGCCUCUGGGAUCAUCAUGGACUCCAGCAUCUCGAAGCAGGCUCUGAGCGAGAUUGAGACGCGGCACAGUGAGAUCAUCAAGCUGGAGAACAGCAUCCGUGAGCUACACGACAUGUUCAUGGACAUGGCCAUGCUCGUGGAGAGCCAGCCUCAGGGUGCUUUCCUGAAGUCCUGCCCCGAGCCCCAACCCAACCCUGAGGAGGGGGCCCUCUGGAGCUCGGGUGCCCCCGGCCCCGCAGGGAGAGAUGAUUGACAGGAUCGAGUACAAUGUGGAACACGCGGUAGACUAUGUGGAGAGGGCCGUGUCUGACACCAAGAAGGCCGUCAAGUACCAGAGCAAGGCGCGCCGGGUCAGUAGCCCAGCCCUGCCCAAGCCCAUGCCCCAGCACCCAUUAGGGUCCCCCAACCAUCCCACAUCCCUCCCCAUCCCACCUCUCUCCCUUCUCUCAGGAGCUCCCCACGACAACCCCCUCCCAGGCCGUCACCUUCCCCUGCUUGGAUCCCCCCUGACUGUCCAGCCCUCAGCCUUUGCCAUAGUCCCACCCCACCUGCCGCCACCACUGUCUGAGGCCUCUCCUGCCCGCUUCCCAUGCAGAAGAAAAUCAUGAUCAUCAUCUGCUGUGUGAUCUUGGGCAUCGUCAUCGCCUCCACUGUUGGGGGCAUCUUCGCCUAGAAGCCACCCAAACUGCCACUCCACUCCAGGUGGGCCACUCCAAGGAGGCCCUGGCUGCUGCCACCUGGCUGGGCUGCCCUCCCAACCCCCGCCUCUGGCUCAGAGCACCCUCCCUCCCGGCCCCCAUGCUCCCUUCUCUGCCAUGGGCCCUCCGUCCCCGCCCCGUGUCGUGUGCAUGAUCUCUGUGAGUGUGCGUCUGUACGGGAAGAGGCAGAGGGAGGCAGCCAGCGGGGCGUGAUGCAGUGUGCACAGCGAGGAGCAGACCCAGGCAGGGCCGCCAGGGUGACACAGGCCACCCUUCCUUGCCUUCAGUAACUCGGUGGGCCCGGGUUCUGCUCUUCCCUGGGGACCCUAACCUCGCCUCCAGCUGACCUGCCCUGUCCUCUGGCCUCUCCAGCUGUCCCCACAAGCAGAGCCCUGAGGGGUGGGGACCAGCUGGCCACAUGGUGCUGCUUUUCAGGUUAGGGGAGAGGUGGCCCUGAGGGACAGCCCAGCUCUGAGUCUCAGUCGCUGAUCACUGCCAGGGAGGCUCAGGCUGCCAUGGCUCCAGGCUCCCUCCCCUGCCUAGGGGCAAAGUCCAUCGGGUCCUGGGCCUCAGCUUCCCUUCCCACAUUCCUCCAGCCCCAGGAGCAACCCCUUGGGCUAGGUCUGACCCCAGGUGUCCCUCUGGAAGGGGCUGGCUGGUGCCCUAUCUCCAGCCACCCCAGCAGCUAGGGAGGCAAAGCAGGCUGCAGUCAGUCCCUCGAGCCAGCGUUGCAUGUUUGGGAUGGUGGCUCCCGUUGUCUUGCGCUCUGGGAAGUCAGACGUCAUUUCAGGCCUGCAGUCUCAUCCUGCCCUUGCCAUCCCCCCAUCGAUGUGCCACGUGGGUGUCAGGUGUCCCAGAUGCAGUAUUCGGCAGCCAGCCGGGGAGGGCUACCUCCUCCUCCUCACCACCUUGGGGCUUCUCAUGGGAAAUGUGCCCCCGCCCCAGGACCCUCUCCCUCGUGGACAGGCAGGGAGAUGCAUGCGAGUGCAUGCAGCAGGGGAUGGGGCCGUGUCCGUGUGCCCCACCCUCCCUCGGCUUUACUCCUGCCCAGUGACUGUGACCACUGUCCGUGUUGCCUUCUUGAACAGCGAUUCCCCCCAACCCCUUCACCAAAGGUCUUGGUACAACCAGCUGCCCAUUUUGUGAAAUUUUUAUGUAGAAUAAACAUUUGUACCUGUA